GCCAGCCUCGUUUUCAUCCAUUUCAUGAUGGUGGCAGGUCGUCUGCGGAACUUCAGUGUUUUGGUUUUAAAUGUGUAGAUUUUUCCCUUUGAUCACAACAUAGACGAACCAUUCCCAACAUUUUCGUAUCUACAUAUAAUAAGUUCCAUCAUGAACGCUGACGUGGAAUUCCAUAUACGCCAUAACUACACCUGGGCCAAGUUACCGGCCAGUGUCAAACAGGCCAUGGGGAACUCCCAGAAGGAGUAUGAGAAGGCAGUGGUGACCUUCAGCAUCAGGAACCAGCUCAGAUACAAGGGCAACCUGGUACGCCAUGUCCGUAAAGACGAGAAGCGUUACUACGAGGACCUGCUUCAGUACAGCCGUGAGCACCUGCUGCUGUACCCGUACCACCUGUCUGACAUCAUGGUGAAGGGUCUGCGCAUCACCCCCUUCUCCUACUACCUCAGGAUCAUGGAGGACACCAUGGCCAACGAGAAGAGCUACGACUCCCUGCCCAACUUCACUGCUGCUGACUGUCUGCGGUUGAUGGGCAUAGGCAGAAACCAGUACAUUGAUCUGAUGAACCAGUGUCGCUCAUCAAAGAAAUUUUUCCGGAGAAAGCCCAUCAGGGACCUGUUGCCGACCACCCCAGUGGACAUCAGCCUGGAGCCCUGGUGGAUCUCUCAGGCUGGGUACAUCACAGAGGACGACAUCAAGAUGUGUAAAGUUGCUGAGAAGAAUUUGGUGGACACAAUCAUAGACAGUGGGCCACAGGAGAUAGGAAUGCUUGACUACAAAUUUAUACAGAGUCUGUACCACAAGGGACUUGUGUAUCUGGAGGUACCUAUAAAUGAUGAUGACUGCAUCAUUGUCCCCCCGCUGGAGGGAUUUGUGAUGAACCGAGUGCAGGGGGACUAUCUGGAGACUCUGCUGUACAAGAUCUUUGUGUCUAUUGAUGAGCACACAACAGUCACAGAACUGGCCAAUGUACUGCAGAUAGACUUGCAACUAGUCAAGAAUGCAGUGUCUAUGUUCUGCCGGCUGGGUUUUGCCAAGAAGAAGGGAUCUGACCCGGAUGCUGACAGCCUCCAUCCCUCCUGGAGAAACAGGCCCAUCUCUACACAGAAGAAGUUGUCCCAGGAGGAACAGCUGCUGAUAGACUGGGGUGCUACUGUCCAGCCUGCCAGCGGUGAGCUGUCUGCUGAUGAGGUCGACACAGCUAGUCUGGAGGAGCACAGCUCAGCUGACACAGCCAGCAUCGGCAGUGUCACCACCUCAGGAUACACCAAGAGGAUCGGGUUCCUGUUUGACUCCACCCUGACAGCGUUCCUCAUGAUGGGGAAUCUGUCACCAGGUCUGAAGAGCCAUGCUGUCACCAUGUUUGAAGUGGGAAAACUGUGUGAUGAGUCACUGGAUAGUUUCCUGGCAGAGUUAGAGAAGAUAGAGACAGUAGGAGAGGGAGAGGCCCAGCGCUACUUUGAGCAUGCCAACACCUUAAGAAAGACGUUGGUGUUCUUACGCCACAACAAGGACCUUUCCCCAGACCCAGACUUCCAGAACACGGGGCUGGGGGUGGACCUGGUCCGCUGUGAGAGCCUUCUAGGACUGGACCCGGGCACGUGCAGUAGGGUGCUCAACAAAAACUACACGUUGCUGAUCUCCAUGGCACCACUGAGCAACGAGAUCCGGCCUGUCAGCAGUUGCACCCCACAGCACAUCGGCCCUGCCAUUCCUGAGGUAAACUCCAUCUGGUUUAAGUUGUUCCUGUACCAUGUGACUGGCUGUGGUCCUCCUACCCUGCUUCUGGUGCGAGGUACCCGGUUACGCCGGCUGCCGUCCGUGUUCCAGGAGUACGACCGCCUCCUCAUCACCACCUGGGGUCACGACCCGGGCGUGGUGGCAACAUCCAACGUCCUCCUCACGCUGAACGACGCCCUCACACACUCCGCAGUGCUCAUACAGGCCCAUGGACUGUACACAGAUGGUGAGACAGAAUAUGUCCCCUUCCCUCUGGAGGAUGCAGGUGACAAAGUUUUAUUCUCCAGAAACAUGAUGCAGGCUCACUAUGCGGUGCAGAAGCUGGCCUCCCAACUGGACCUCAGCCACACCUGUGGGUAUGUCACCAUGCUGAAAACUGGCAAGACUCAUCGACCCUCUGCCCAGGUCAUCACCAUGCCAACACAACAAGGACAGAACGUCACGGAAGGACAGAAGGAGGGAUCCUCCAAUGGAGAGAACAGUGGGGACUCGUUUGUGAUGGUGAAUCGGGACACGCUCUCGCUCGAUGUCUCAUCGCCGCUGAGGAGCAACGGAAGAAAAGAAGGCCAGACGGAGGAUGCGGAGGCUGAGUGGGUCAUGCUGGACAUGUUCUAUGGGAUCCCACUGUUUAACGGGGAACUCAACACACGUGUGUGUGAGAGGAUGGCUGCACAGGGCCUGUGUAGGCUGGAGAGCCUUGGAGAGCUGCUCCACUCCAGUCGAAAACUGGUAUUGCAGCUGCUGGACUUCAUAUCUGAAAACCAGGAUCUGCCCAUUGUACCAGAGCAGGGGGGAGACAGCCCAGCCCCUGUUGGAGGGACCACUAGUCAGGACCACGGCGUGCCCCUCCCCACCAGGAAUUUACUGUUCCACGAGGGGACACUAACAAUGUGGGACGGCAAGUAGGACUGGGAGGCCAGAACUGCUUCUGUCAUGUUCAUCUUGUUUGUUUUAUUGUAUGCUUAUCUGUCAUGGCUGUAAGGAUUACCCAACUAGCCCACUGGUGUGGGAUACCUGGACCUACAGAUUCAGUCUGAUCGGAGAAGGUGUGAAGGUCUAACUGACCUUAUAAAGUCUACUGUAUUGAAGGUUGAAAGGAGCAAUUAUGACAGUGUUGUAUUUGUUGCCCUUCUGGGGAGGUAUUAAUUGUGCUAGGCUUGGGUGCCACAAUCAUUCAUUGUGAUAUAUAGAUAUGGCCUUUGUAGUGUGCCUAUAAAGCAAGUAGGUAACAAAAAACAGCUAUAUGUUAACUGGUUUAUUAAGUUAAACAUAGACACACAUUUCAUACAGUCUGUCUGUCACACUCUUUCCUUAAGUGAAAAGUACUCAAAAUCAGUUGAACUUUUAACUACUUCAAAGAUGCCAACCUUAAUAUAAGUGUCAAAUCUAUGUG